AUGGCGUUGGCGUGGCCCUGCUGGGUCCUCCUGCUUCUCCUGCCGGCCCCAGCCCACACUGGGGGGCCCGGCCCGGUCCUUGUCAACCGCCCCUUCGUCACCGUCUGGAACAUCCCCACCGAGCGCUGUGCCACGAAGUACAAUGUCACCCUCAACCUGGAGGUCUUCGAUGUGUUGGCCAAUGACCAGCAGUCCUUCGCUGGGCAGGACAUCACCCUCUUCUACAGCGAUGAGCUGGGUCUCUUCCCCUACUACACAUCUGAGGGGCUGCCAGUGAAUGGGGGGCUCCCCCAAAAUGCCAGCCUGGAGACCCACCUCCACAAAGCCACCCAGGACAUCAAGGUGACCCUGCCCAGCCCUGCCUACAGUGGGCUGGCUGUCAUUGACUGGGAGAACAACUGGGACACCAUGCAGAUCUACCAGCAGAAAUCUGAGGAGCUGGUGCAGCAGCAGCACCCAGAAUGGCCCCCCAAGAAGGUGAAUGAGACAGCUAAGCUGCAGUUUGAGGAGAGUGCCUGCAAUUUCAUGAACAAGACCCUGUGGCUGGGCAAGAGCCUCCGUUCCAAUGCCUACUGGGGUUUCUAUGGCUUCCCCAGCUGCUACAACAAUGACUUUGAUAGCCAGUCCUACAAUGGGACAUGCCCAGAGGUGGAGCAGCAGAGAAACAAGAAUCUGUCCUGGCUCUGGAGCAGCAGCCAGGCACUCUACCCCAGCAUCUACCUGCCCUCCCGCCUCAAUGGCACCAACAAGGUGCUCGCCUACGUCCGGCACCGCGUGGCUGAGGCUUUUGCUGUUCAGCAUGGCAUCCUUGACAAUGGCAUCUCUGUCCUGCCCUACUCCCAAAUUGCCUUCGAGCGCACUGUUGACUUCCUCUCCCAGGAGGACCUGAUGAACACCAUCGGGGAGAGCGCAGCUCAGGGUGCUGCUGGCAUCAUCCUCUGGGGCAGCCUUGACUACAGCAGCUCCAAGGAAAUGUGCCUGAGGCUGAAGGACUAUGUAGAGGGGCCCCUGGGCCACUACGUCGUCAAUGUGACUGCCAGCGCUGAUCUGUGCAGUCAGACCCUGUGCUCCGGCCGGGGCCGCUGUGUCCGCCAGGAGAACAAGCAGAGCUAUCUCCACCUCGACCCCUUCCGCUUUGCCAUCGACCUGCACGCCGGCAAGCCCUGGCUGGUGGCUCAGAGCCUGGAGUCUGGAGACGAUACCUCCCGGCUGGCCAAGGAGUUCAGCUGCCAGUGCUACGACAAGUGGCAGGGACCCCACUGUGACACCCAGGGCUUUGCCAAGUGA